AUGUGGGAGUGUACUGCUGACUGGUCUGUUGGAAGAGACCGUGGAGUGAGAGGACUUGCAAAGGGUACACUGGGCCGCUUGGACUCCCGUAGACGGCUAGGAGUGCAAGUGCAUCUUCUGGACGUCUGGGACAAGAGCCUCCAGGAGCUUGGGGAAAACCUCUCGGUGGAGGUGAACCCGGACUCGCCAGGUGCCGCCCUGCUGAGCUCGCCGACGCCGCUCCCGCGAGGAAGUCGAGUGUUCGUGAACAUGGUCAAGACGACUGUGGAUCACUUCCAAGAAGUUGCCGCCACAUCGCGCAGCCUGUCAGCUGCAGGCUACAGGCCCGUUCCGCACGUGCCGGUGUCGCGCCUGUCCACGGACGAGGAAUUUCAACAAACGCUGCAGAUGCUGACCGAGGCUGGAGCCACCGAGAUGCUCCUAGUCGGUGGCAACGACAUCAAAGAACGACAGGAGCGAGGCCUCCUGCUGUACGGCAGUGUGGCCGAGCUUCUUCAGGCCGAGACAGGACGCCUGCGCGCUGCGGGCAUCCGCCGGGUCGCCCUCGCUGGGCUGCCAGACAGCCCCACGUGGCGGGGAUGGAACGAGGAGGUGGCAACAAAGGUCCUCCUCGAGAAAGUGCGCCUGGUGCUUGAAGCGGGUCUAGAUGUUGAGGUCGUGACGCAGUUCUGCUUCAACCCCUUCAAGCUCCUGCGCUGGCUCACCCGUACGCACUCUGCCAUGGAGGGACUGCGCGCGGACUUGGGCGGCGUGGGCAGCGCGCAGCUUUCCGUGGGCCUUCCUGGCCCGACCCAGCGGAGCAGGCUGCUGCGGAUCUCAGACAUCUGCCAGGUGCCAAGCCAGUACGCAGCUCCGUCGAUGUUCCAGACCAUCCUCCAGGAAGGAGGAGGGCCCCCCGACUUCUCCUGCUUGGGCCAUGGGCUGCAGGCAGCUGCGACAGAAAGGGCAAGCAGAUUGGAGAGACUGGGCCCACCGGAGCUGGCCCUGUUGCUGUCUCAACUCUCCGAGUUGGAGCUGGAGAAGAGUUCCGAGCCUGCGCCGACAUCGGCGGACGCAUUGGGCCCGUCUGCCUUUGUGUCUUCACACGAGGAUGCUCCUGGAGAUGAGGAGGAGUCCCUGAUCUCCCCCGAGGACUUGCUGUGGUCUGUGGCAGCCUUCGCGCAGCGAUCGCGGGCCUCGGUUUCUGUCAAUCUCUACCCUUUUGGGGGCCUCUCGAAAAGCCUCGUGCUUGCGGAGACAUUGAGGUCUGGACGAUUGUCGACUCCUUGA